AUGACGAACACAAAUAAGAAAAGCAGCGCCGGCAUUGGCGGCACUGGGUGCCCUGCUGCCCCCUCGAAACAGCCCAGACAGCAGUCCAAGGACUCCCAGGACUAUAGUUCUUUCAAAACAGUGCUCUUCUACUGCAUGCUGACCGUGUGCCUGCCUGUGGUCACAUUCUUUCUGUUGAGGGCCGUCGUUCUGGAUGGCUUCUUCGAGAUGAGCAAGCUGAAGGUUGACAUUUUCUCGGCGGUGGGCGCCGUGGUGUCCUUACACAUGGCACUGGGACUGUACAUCUACCGUGCCACCUGUGAGGUGCCCGUCAUCAAGGCAUCGAAGGUGGACUAAGCUUCACCAAGGACUGUUUACCAUUUCCAUUCCAUAUCUGUCGUCUAGUGUUUUGUGCCUAUAAUUGUGCAUUAA